CGUUCAUUUCCCCUCACACUUUUGUUCUCCAUCUUCCUCACUUUCUCGCCCUCGUAUUGAUGCUCUAGGUCUCUUCGAUUUCCUGUUCUUAUCAGUAUUCGGGCUCCUGAUUACGAUCGGCGUGUCGGUCGGUAGAUUCAGAUCCGCGAUCGCUACCGGAAUCUUCGACCGCUUUUUGAGUCCUUGACGGUUAUUCGAAUUCGGUGAAGAUGAACGGAUUCGUCCGCCGGCGAUGGAUCGAUUGAAGGCGCGUUGAUUUGUUCGAUUCUAUCACAAUAUGGUUCCAAUGCGUUUGAAUUUGUUUCGGUGUUGGUGGAAUUAUGUUGAUGCGUUGCACUUUUGACUAAAUUGGGACAUUAGGAACGAUGGAGGAAGGAAAUUUAAAAGAAAAUUACUCUGAUCUUAUUGGUGAUUCAACACGUUCUGAACCAGUGGCUUCUAAUGCUGCUUGGUGGCACUCAGAUAUUGCAGAAAAUUUAAAGUCUGUUUCUUUGGCUCCACGAGGAGAAACUUUGACUACUGGAGGGUUUCCAUGUGAUGUAUGGCAAGCUGAAUACUCAUCUCAGGCUGCUUCUCAAAUAUUGUGGUCCACUGGAACUUAUUCAGGAUUGAUACCGAAUGGCUUCUAUUCUAUCAUUCCAGAUAAGAAACUUAAGGAGCUUUUUGACACUAUUCCAUCUCCCGAUGGGCUUUAUUCUCUUGGUAUGGAAGGGUCUAAGGCUGACAUAAUUCUUGUAGAUGCAGAAAAGGACAAGAAACUCUGCAUGUUGAAGCAGUUAAGUGCGGCCAUGGUGAAAGGACUAUAUGCGAAUCCUGCUUUAAUAAUAAAAAAGAUUGCUGGCUUGGUCUUUGACUUCUAUAAGCGUCCAAAUUCAGAUCUGAGUCCUGCAAAAGCUGCAGUAGAAGAUGUUUCUCAUUUGAUGGAUAAUAGAGGCAUCCAACUGCUUGGACAGAUUAGGCAGGGAUCAUGCCGGCCUCGAGCAAUUUUGUUUAAAGUUCUAGCAGAUGCUGUUGGUCUUGAGAGCAAACUUGUGGUGGGUCUACCUAAUGAUGGUGGUGUCAAAUGCAUAGACUCAUUCAAGCAUAUGUCUGUGGUAGUUGUGCUGAAUUCUGUGGAGCUACUUGUGGAUCUUAUGCGCUAUCCUGGACAGUUGAUUCCAUUUUCAACCAAGGCGAUAUUUAUAUCCCAUAUUUCUGCAGCAGGGGAGAGCGACUCUGCUGAGUAUGACUCUUGUGAUUCUCCUCUCGAACCCAACAGUCCAUUAUAUGGGCUCUCAGACAAAGUGGAAGCUGCAGGUUCAGAGCACAAUGAAACUCUCCAAUCUUUGUAUCAGCGGAGAGCUGACCCAUCAUCUAGCCUGCUUGAUCAUUCACUGCGUAGGGUCAUGCUGAGAUCAACAACUUUUGCUGAGGGAAAUUUAAGUGAACCAGACAUUGCAAAUGCUUUUUGGAGGCGCAGCAGGAGGAAAGUUGUUGCUGGACGUACAGCUAGUUCAAGCCCAGAGCAUCCUCUAUGUAGAACACGAGGACGGUCCAUGCUUGGUAGCGAUAGACAGUCAUUUAGAGAAUAUGCAGAUGGUGUAACCAUUUCAAGGUCAGAUGGUGCUUCAACAUCUGAUGCUCGUAGAAUGAGGAGAAGAAGCAUUAGCAUUACACCCAAAAUUGGGGAUGAUAUUGUGAGGACUGUUCGAGCAAUGAACGAAACUUUAAAACAAAAACGUUUCCUGAGAGAUCAUGUUGUUGAAGCUUCAGGUUCAUUCUCUAUGAAUGAUAAACACAGGUUGAAUGAUCCAUCAAGUAAUGAUGAAGCAUCUGGAAGACUUUCUAGUACAUGUAAUAAUUUCAGAAAGCAAACAGGUUCGACUCAGAAGGCUAUAUCAUUGCCUUCAUCUCCUCAUGUAUAUAGGGGUGAAACUUCAGAUAUAAGUGGGGAUUUUCUAAGAACAGAAGUCAUGGAGUCAAAAUGGAAUAAAAUUUUGCAGUCAUCUUCCCUUCUGAAUAAGCCUUUGCUACCCUUUGAUGAAUGGAACAUUGUAUUCUCAGAGUUAACUGUUGGGACACGUGUUGGAAUAGGAUUCUUUGGGGAAGUUUUCCGUGGCAUAUGGAAUGGUACUGAUGUUGCAAUAAAAGUUUUUCUAGAACAAGAUAUGACAACUGAGAACAUGGAAGACUUUUGCAAUGAGAUAUCCAUACUAAGCCGUCUUCGGCAUCCUAACGGUAAUGAUUUUCUACUGCCAGAUAGUGAUUUGGGAGAAUACAUGGAGAUGGGAUCUUUAUAUUAUCUUAUACAUACGAGUGGUCAGAAAAAGAGACUAAGUUGGCGUAAGAGAUUAAAGAUGCUUCGUGAUAUUUGCAGGGGGCUGAUGUGCAUACAUCGUAUGAAAAUAGUACAUCGUGAUCUAAAAAGUGCAAAUUGUCUUGUGGAUAAACAUUGGACAGUUAAGAUUUGUGAUUUUGGUCUUUCGCGGGUAAUGAAAGCUGGUCCAAUGAGAGAUAACUCCUCUGCGGGAACCCCAGAAUGGAUGGCUCCUGAACUCAUACGCAAUGAACCAUUUACAGAGAAAUGUGAUAUAUUUAGCCUCGGAGUCAUAAUGUGGGAACUUUGCACUCUGAAUAGGCCAUGGGAAGGCAUGACACCUGUUCAGGUGGUGUAUGCCAUUGCUAAUGAAGGGAAAAGGCUGGUUAUACCUGAAGGUCCUCUCAGCAGCCUAAUUUCCGACUGCUGGGCAGAACCUGAUGAGCGACCAAGCUGUCAGGAAAUCCUCACCCGCCUGCUUGACUGCGAAUACUCUCUCUGCUGAUGUUUUAUGUGGACGGUGACAUGUACAGCAACUGUAAUUUAGUUCCUGCCGGUUUUAGCUGUAAAGUAGUUUCUCUACUAAGUUGUAACAGGAGCUUCAAACAUCUUAGGUUUCAAUCGUCGUCAUAUAAACAAUUCAAUGUCAGUAUCUUAAUUAUUCACGUUUAAUGACCAAUAUCAGUAUCCUAACUAUUCACGUGUAGUUGUAGUGAUGGACCUUCUAGGAUUAGCUACUGAGUUUCUGGUUUAGAAAUGUUACAUUUACAAUACUAUUCUUAAAAUUGUUGGUCAUGAACGUCGACAGUUGAAUCCCAAACUUGCACCUAAUUGACUAUCUCACUGGCGAGUUUUAUUAU